AUGGAUCCGGACCUGUUUGUCGAGUUGAUGAGUCGAUUCUAUGACCUGGGUUGGAUGAAAGGUACUGGGGGAGCGAUGGGAUGUAUCGCUGGUGAUAAACUAUUAAUAUCGCCCUCAGCAUUACAAAAGGAUCGGCUUAAGACGUCUGAUAUCUUCGUAUACGACUUUCGGAAUAAAGUUCAAGUUCAACGACCAACGAAUCCUAAAGUGGAUGUGUCGUCAUGUUCUGUUCUAUUUUCGUUGGUAAUGAAACGAACAGGAUCUAAAUGUGUGAUACACUCUCAUGGCAAAACGGCUAACCUCAUAACACAGCUAGUAAAAUCAAAUCUCUUUGAAAUAUCUCAUCAGGAAUACAUUAAAGGAGUUUAUGAUCCAUUUACUGGAAAAAAUCUCAGUUACGAGGAUACUUUGACUAUUCCUGUAAUAGAAAACCAGUCACAUGAAGGACAGCUUUUGCCCGACCUGGAUGCUUGCUUGAAAGCUCAUCAACGUUCGUGCGCUGUGCUCGUCCGGAAUCACGGGCUUUUCGUGUGGGGUUUGACGUGGGAGAAGACGAAGAUAAUGACAGAAUGUAUAGACUACCUUUUGGACUUGGCUGUCGAUAUGAUAAGGCACAAAAUUCCGCUGGUGAAAGAAGACGCCACAGAAUCCGUGAAUCCUUCCGAAAAUUACCACCAUAUAUUUUACUAG